AUGGCCGCCGCGCGUCCCUCUGAGAGCCGAGGAGAGCCUGCGCGCCUCACGCGGCCCCGCCCCUUCGGCCCCGGGACGCCCAGGGCGCCUGCGCAGACACCCCUGACGACGCCUCCCGGCUCCGGAUUGGCUGCCACCCUGCCCCCCGCAGGCCGCCCCGGAGGCCCCGUCGGGCUGCACAGACUCAGUUCCGGCGUGAAGCCCCGCUCCUUUCGGGUGCCCCGGAUGCGCCUGCGCAGACCGGCCCCUCCUGUCCGGGGCCGGGCGGCGUGGGGCGGGCGCCGAGUGCCCACGGAGUCACCACCGAGCCGGGAACGCCGCCUUUCCGUUCCCGAGGCCUUGCCCCGUGCAAGUUUCUGUGCGUGGUUUCAUGCAGCUGGGGAAUGGGACACUGAGGAGUUGAGGCAUUUGCUCUUCACCAUCUUUCUGCUGGUCUACCUAGUGGCUGUGGCUGGGAACUUCCGACUCCACACCCCCAUGUAUUUCUUCCUGGCCAACCUCUCACUGCUGGAUACUGCCUAUAUGUCCAACACGGUGCCUCAGAUUCUAGUACAUCUGCUGGCACCAGUGCGGGUCAUGCCCUGUCAUGCUUGUCUUACCCGGAUAUUCUUUCUCCACUUCCUGGCUCCCUGGGAGUGCUUCCUGCUCACAGCCAUGGCCUAUGACCACUACGCAGCCAUCUGCCAGCCACUGCACUACCUAGUCCUCAUGGGCCAAAGGACCCGGACAGGACUGCCUUCAAUCUCCUGCCUGCUUGCUUUGACCAAUGCACUCACCCACACCAUCCUUGCAGCUCUACUCAAGUUCUGUGGACCCUGCCUUAUCACCCACUACUUUUGUGACCUCCCUCCACUGCUCAAACUCUCUUGCUCCACCACGUGGGCCAAUGAACUUGCCCUGUUCUUCUUCAGUUUUCUGGUGGCUCUUGCACCCUGUGCCCGGGUUGUGAUCUCCUAUAUACAUGUUGUCGCUGCGGUUUUCAGGAUUCACUCUGCUGAGGGCCGAAGAAAAGCCUUUUCUACCCGUGGCGCUCACAUCACCAUGGUCUGUAUUUUCUACAUCACUUCAGUCCUCCGCUGCAUCCUUCCCAGCUCUGCACACUCUGGCUUGAGAGACUGGGUUCUUUCUGUGCUGUAUGUGGUCCUCGCUCCCAUGCUCAACCCCAUCGUCUACGGCAUAUGCGAAACAAGGCCACACUCCUCCAGUGCAGCUGGCACAUACCUGAUGCUUUGGGAGUGA